AUGAUUCGAACACUAUUACUGAUCGCAGUCCUUGGAGCAUUAGCUGCAUAUGUGUUUAGAAUCCUGCUUGCACUGGACGUAAACAAAAGGGUAUACAACCAUCGACCGGGACACUGUCGUAAAGUAGAUGGAAUCGAGCAUGGUUCUGAGGACAUAGCCCUCAUAGAAGAAGAAGGCAUUGCAUUUGUGACGUCUGGGAUCUACUACAUGUUCCCUCGAGCGGAGUAUGUCAAAGGUCAAAUCUUCUUGUACGAUUUCAACCAAAAGGGCUCGUUUAAAGCUGUAUCAUUGAGUAUCAACGGUGACUUUGAUCGAAAGCAGUUUCAUCCUCAUGGAAUUUCGCACAUAUUUACAUCCGAAGGAACUAUUCGGCUAUUUGUCAUCAGCCAUUCUGAGGAUAUGAAGCAUUCCGUACUAGUUCUUGAUUGGAAUAGUAAAGCUCGACAGCUCGACUUGGUCAAAAUAAUUGAAGACGAGAAGUUUAUCAGACCCAAUAAUUUGGUAGCAGUAUCAGAAGAUGCAUUCAUUUUGACAAACGAUGGGUCGGCACAAACAGCGACAAUGAAUGUUCUUGAAAUACUAACGAUGAUACCUAGUGGAAGCAUCGUUUACUACGAUGGAAAGACCAGUUCCUGGCUCUUGCCGAGGGCCACAUCACCCAACGGAGUGGCUUUCGACCGAGAACGCAAACAUCUUUUUGUUUCGCAUGCGAACGAUAAAACUCUGUCCGUCUACAAAGUGGAUAAGAGCUAUAAAUCUCUCGUGAAGGUUGCUGACGUCCAUUUGUUGACAUCAAUGGAUAAUCUUUAUGUUGAUAAGGAUGGAGAUGUUUGGACGGGAGCUCAUCCAGUCAUAAAAGACAUACUGGGACAUUGGGGAAGUUGCGAUGAUCCCAGCAAAAUUGCUCCUUCACAGGUUCUGCGAAUCAGGUUUUCUAAAGAUUUUAAGUCAUGGGAAGUUAGCGAACCAUUCGUUGAUGACGGACGAUUAAUUUCUGCCUCUACAGUCGCAGUUCCCUUCGAAAACCAAUUGCUGAUUGGAUCUGUAUUUAGAGAACUCGUUCACUGUUAUACAACUCCAGAAACAUUGUGA